CCGUCCUCCAUCCCAUCUCUCAUCUCUUCUCGCAGAUCAGGCCGCCGCCGCCGUCUCCGUCUCCGUCCGACGACAUCCUCCGGCGCUCCUCCACGUCGCGAGGGCGGGCAGAGUAAAUGCUUCUCCUUCCCCCACUAACAGCAGUGUCCCUGCACCGCCGCCCCGCCGCACAACAUGUCCUCUGAGCUCGUCGUGCGCCAGUCCGAGGACUGGACGCGCGUGCUCGUCUCCUCCUAUCCCUCCGGCGUGGACUGGGUCCUUGCCUUCUCUCGCGAUGCGAGUGGCGUGAGCGCGGGCGAGCCGGCGGCUCUCGCGCUCCUGCGCGACGCGCACACGCUGCACCUCGAAGGACGCCUGGAGCCCAACAACGCGGCACACCUCGAGACGCUGUGCCGCCCGCACACCGUCCACAUCAACAACGACUCGCGCGGCCCGCGCUCGUCGCUGGGCGCGCCGACGCUCGUGAUAUCGUGGCGCACCGCGUCCUCCUACGUCCUCCCCGACCUCCUUAUCUCGUCCAACACCAACCGCCUCGUCGUGGCGAUCAGCGACGCCGGUGGCCCCAUCUCCCCCGCCAACCGCCGGUUUCUCCCCGCCCUGCCGACGCUCGAUGUCGCCGACGUCGUCCUAGAUUUCAGCCGGUGGGACUCCGCCGUCGUGGACCCGUUCGUCGCGCGCGCGCUGUACGCCGCGCUGGCUGGCCUCCUCGUCCGCGGCGUGCGCAUCACCCUCGUCGACUUCGCCCGCGUCUUCGCAUGCAUGGCAGACGCAUCGACCGAGAUGCGCCCAACGCGCUGGACCGCCCUCCCCCGCCGCGCCGAAGACGCACUCAAGUUCCGCGUGCGCGAAGCCCUGCGCGCCCGCGCAUCCCCGCGCCGCGCGAACGCGCGCGCACUCGAACUCGCCGUCCGUGAAACCCUCGGCGGCAUCGCUGUCGUCGACACUCCCCCCGCCAAGUUGUGAUCACCCUCGUCUGUAGCAUGGCAUGUACGUUUCUCAGAGCCC